CUGUUGGUUUUGCCGUAGGUAAAAUGAUUGUAGCAUGUAGAACCUAACAACUGAAAAAGUCAGUGUUGGGCUUGUUCAUCGUCGUCCUCUUUUCUUUUGGUUUUUUCCUGUGUCACAUAACUGACUUACAAAGUUUACAGAAACGAAAAGCUCUUAUUUUUAAUGCUUUGUGGGAGUCUCUGAAAGCUCAACCCAAUUGCAGGGAGGAAGCAAAUUCGGUUAAAGUGUGUGUGAAAGAAUGAGAAUGGGGAUGAAGGAGAUAUGCAGAGUUAUAAAAUUCAUAUGCUCCAUUGAAUUUAUGAGAAUGAGUGUGUUGUGGCCUCUUUAUCUUGUAUUCUCUCACUUGCGCCUCUUCAGUGGGCGUCACCACUCCACCACUUUCCCAAGACAACUUGUUUCUAACAGACCCAUCUGCAUUGUCACUGGUGCUACAUCAGGCCUUGGAGCUGCUGUCGCCGAAGCUCUAUCAAAACAAGGCUUUUUUGUUAUCUUGGUUGGAAGAUCAGGUCAUCUCUUGUCAAAGACUAUGGCUGAGAUCCGUAAACAGAAUGAAGAUGCUCAACUUGAAGCUUUUGAGGUCGACUUGUCAUCCUUCUCAUCCAUUAUGAAGCUAAAGAAUUCCUUGACACAGUGGCUGUUGGAUAUGAAUCUGCAUCCUUCAAUCCAGUUGUUGAUAAACAAUGCUGGGAUAUUGGCAACAUCAUACAGACCCACUGAUGAUGGUUUUGAUGAGAUGAUGAUGACAAACUACUUAGGGGCAUUCUGUCUCACGAAAGCUUUACUACCGUUACUCAUGAACAGUCCUAUUCCAACACGCAUAGUCAGUGUAUCAUCUUUUACCCAUCGAACAGUGAAUGAUGUGCAGGUUGAUGAGGAGUUUGUUUAUGGCAAAUCCUUUUCAAAUUUCAAGCAGUAUCCAUUUUCUCAGAUAUAUGGGUGCUCCAAAUUGUGUAUACUGCUUUUCUCAUAUGAGCUUCAUCGACAAUUUUCCAAGGACAAAGUUUCUCAACUAUCUAUCAAUGUUGCGGAUCCUGGAGCAGUGAAAACCAACAUCAUGCGGGAAAUACCACAAUGUCUUUCUCAAUUAGCAUUUGCAGUCCUGAGACUUCUGGGAAUAUUGCACUCUCCAGAGAAAGGGAUCAGCUCAAUUCUUGAUGCAGCCCUUGCUCCACCUGAAACUUCUGGAAUGUAUUUCUUUGGUGGCAAAGGCAGGACAAUCAAUUCCUCUCCCUUGUCCUACAACAAAAUGCUUGCAAAGAGAUUAUGGGGAAUGUCAUGUGAUAUUUUUGAAGAGCUGAAGCGUAUUCAUGAGAAAUCCUCGUUGAUAUCUGUUUGUGACUAGGCCAUAAUGUAAGACAAGAUUUCCUUUGACUUCAAAUUUUUCAGCAGAAUUGAGUGAAUGGACUUGUAUAAUCUUAAUCUGAGAAUCUGGUUGAUAUCUGUUUUAUAUAAAGUAUUUGAAGAACUCUUGGAUGGAGAAGUUCUUACUCAACCAUCACAACAGCCGUUUGGACCAGAGCGCACUUUGUAACAAAUUUGUUACACAACCUUCGUUACAUAUUAUUUGCAACGAUUUGACAUAAAGUAGAGAGGAAAAAUGUCUAAUCGUUGCAAAUAAUAUGUAACGUAGGUAGUAGUUGUCUUGAUGUUUUGUGUAAUAGGGCUAGCUUUUCCCUUGGGUCUCUCUUUGUAGUACGAGUAAUAGUUUUUAGCUUGUGGAGGACUAGAUGAUUUCUGUUAAUUUAUGAGAUUUUUUUUUAUCUUGUGGAUUAUGUAUUAUAGUUCAUACCUCAAUCAAUUUCUUAGAAAUUUGUAAUUUGAUACGUGGGACAGGCCAAAGUUGCGGUAAAUCUUCAA